AUGUUUCGUAUUUUACAAGUUUCAACAACCAAUGUUGAGAGAAGGAAUGUGUAUCAUUUUCCUGCUUAUGCUACUCCAAAUAUUAGCAGUAAUUUGUUUCACUCAUCUUCUGAAGUAAAAGAUAACACAAUUUCAAGUAAGUAUGAAGUUGACCUUCAAGCAAGUCAACGUCAAAGUUGUGCUGAAGAAAGAGAAAAAAAGGAAGUAUGUUCACAAAAGAGAAACAACAGAGGUUGUCAUCCUGCAUCAACAUCUGAUACUGUUGAAAGGAUUCGAUUUUCAAAUACUUCAAAUGUUUCAACCACCAAUGUUGAGAGAAGGAAUGUGUAUCAUCUUCCUGUUUAUGCUACUCCUAUUAGUAGUAAUUUGUUUCACUCAUCUACACAAGUAAAAGAUAACACAAUUUCAAGUAAGUAUGAAGUUGACCUUCAAGCAAUUCAACGUCAAAUGUGUGCUGAAGAAAGAGAAAAAAGGAAGUAUGUUCUUCAACAAAAGAGAAACAAAAGAGGUUGUCAUCCUGCAUCAACAUCUGAUUCUGUUGAAAUGAUUCCAUUUUCAAAUACUUCAAGUGGUUCAACCAACAAUGUCGAAAGAAGGAAUGUUCAUCACACUCCUUUUGGAAGUACUAAGCAAAUAUCCAAUUUUGUUGAGAGGACUCCAUUAUCAGAUAUUACAAAUUGUGGAAUAUCUAAAAUUGAAUUACAAAUGAGUGAUAAGAUGUUACCAGAUUUUGUGGUUAAGAAGAUUCAUGGAAUUUCUAAAUAUUAUAUUGAUCAUGGAGAUGCCAUCUUUAUGUGUUCUAAAUGUGAUGCAAUGUUUUGGGAAGAUGAAAUGUUUAGGGGAAAUCAAAAACGUAAGAAAACAUCCUAUUCUCUUUGUUGUUCAAAUGGAGAUGUUGAGCUACCACGACCGCCUACACCUCCUCCAUUACUACGUCAUUUAUAUAAAAGUCAUACCUCACAGUCUCACAAUUUCAUGGAAAAUAUUCGAGCAUAUAACAUGAUGUUUUCCUUCAGAUAUCUUGGUGGGAAGGUUGACAAAAGUUAUCAGAGAGGUAAAGGUCCUUAUGUAUUUAGACUACAAGGUCAGAAUUAUCAUCGAAUGGGUAGUCUACUUCCGGACGUUGGGGAAGAACCUAAAUUCUCCCAGCUUUACAUAUAUGAUUCACAAAACGAAGUUGUAAAUCGUCAAAAAGCAGUAAGUUCUCAGAUAGAAUGCAAAACUACAAGAAACAACCAGCUUGAUAGUACAACCAUAGAGGGUCUUAAAGAUAUGUUGGAUUCUUGCAAUCCUCUUGUCCAGUCCUUCAGAAUGGUAAGAGAUUGUUUUCAAGAAAAUGAGUUUCAAGAUGUAAGCUUGAAGCUUAUUGGAACAAGAGAUAAGGAUGGAAGAGUUCACAAUUUGCCAACAACAUCAGAAAUUGUUGCGUUAAUACAUGGUGAUUUUGAUGGAGCAUUUGAUAAACGGGACAUUGUUGUUAGAAAGAAGUCUGGUGGUCUUCAAAGAAUUAAUGAGCUUCAUCCCUCUUACCUUGCUUUGCAAUAUCCACUUAUUUUCCCAUAUGCGGAAGAUGGUUAUAGAGUUGGUAUUAAACAUAGAGGGAUUGCGAUUGAUGAUGAGGUACUUAGAACCAAUCUUACAAUUAGAGAAUUCUUUUGUUACAAAAUUCAAGAUAGACAGAAUCAGUUUUCAUUGUUAGUUAAUGCGAAAAAACUAUUUCAGCAGUUUUUGGUUGAUGGAUACACGAUGAUAGAAUCUGCCAGAUAUAUGAUGCAAAAGUACUUGGAUGCUAUGGCAAUUUGCAAGUCUGUUAGAUAUCCCGAUUUAUUCAUAAUGGUGACUUGUAAUCCAAACUGGCCUGAGAUUUACAGGUGUUUGCACGAUAAAGCUCUUAAUGCUGAAAACAGACCGGAUAUUAUCUCUAGAUUAUUCAAGUGUAAAUUGGAUCAUCUUAUAAAAGAUUUCAAGAAACAUAAAUUCUUUGGUGAUAUACAAGCAGCCCACUGUUCAAAAAUUUCAGUUAUGUAUACAACGGAAUUUCAGAAGCGUGGUCUCCCACAUGCUCACAUAUGUUUGUUCUUGGGUGCUGAAAGUAAAUUUCCAAAUGCAUCUGAUAUUAAUUGUGUUAUUAGUGCUGAGAUACCAGAUAAAGAAAGAGAUCCUGAAUUAUAUGAGCUUGUCAAGCAAUUUAUGAUUCAUGGACCAUGUGGUACAGACAACCCACUUUGUCCAUGUAUGGUUCAGCAAAAAUGUUUUAAAAAGUUUCCCAAAAAAUAUGUUGAUGAGACUUGUGUUGAUUCUGAAGGAUAUCUUGUCUAUCGUCGCCAUCAAACAAGUAAUACAGUAGUAAAGAAUGGUGUGACACUUGAUAAUAGAUUUGUAGUUCCUUACAAGGCUCUCCUGCUCAGAAAGUAUCAGUGCCACGUUAACGUUGAAUGGUGCAACCAGUCAGGUUCUAUCAAAUAUUUGUUUAAAUAUAUUAAUAAGGGGCCUGAUAGAGUCACUGCUUCUGUUUUUCAAGCCAAUAGCACCAAGAAUGAUACGGAACAGAAUGUAGCUGUAGAUGAGAUAAAAGCAUACCUUGAUUGUAGAUAUAUCUCUGCUUGUGAAGCUGCUUGGAGAAUAUUCAUGUAUGAUAUACAUUAUAGAUAUCCAGCUGUUGAAGUAUUACCUUUUCAUUGUGAAGAUGGUCAGAGUAUUGUGUAUAACGAUCAUGAUAAUUUGUGUGAUAUUGUUACUGAUCCAACUGAGAAAAUGAAAAGGUUUACAGAGUGGAUGAAUUGUAAUAAAGUCGAUGAAUUUUCUAGGACAUUGAGGUAUGUUCAGUUUACGGGAUAUUAUAUAUCGAAUGCUAAAAAUCGCAAAUGGAAUCGAAGAAAGCAUCCGUAUGGAUCAAUUAGGAGGAUAAAUUAUGUCCCACCAUCACUUGGUGAUUGUUAUUACCUAAGGAUUUUACUGAAUCAUAUUAAGGGACCAACCUGUUUUGAAGAUAUAAAAACAGUUGAUGGGCAGGUUUUUCAAACAUUUAAAGAUGCAUGUUUUGCACGGGGGCUGUUGGAUGAUGAUAAAGAAUAUGUUAAUGCUGUCAAAGAAGUUAGCACAUGGUCAACCGGAGAUUUCUUGAGGACCUUUUUGUAA